AUGGAGCACUACAACUGUCGUUAUGGGUUCUUCACAACCUACAAAGGCACUUGUUUUCUGAAGAGGGUGGCCGCAAACAAGUUCCUAUACUCAUCGGCCGUUCGAUGCAGCCAGGCCAGCUCGCCCCGAGAGGUCUCAGUGCGCGAGGCAUUCCUAUUUUUGGCUGCUAUGGGUUACAAUGACAAAGAGUCAUUCUACGAGAAUGUAGGCGGUGAAGAUCUGCCGCUAGGUGGAAGGCUACUAGGAUACUAUUCCAGCUCUGUUUUAUACCGCUUGGCCGUCGUGCACCACUUGAAUCAAAAUGUCGUGUGUGUCAUAACCAAGAGGGUCGGAUUCCACUCUAAUAAGGGCGAAGAAAGGGGCGAUUCCGAUCGUUUGGCUUCGAAUCUUCAAGUAGUUUUGCAAAUCACGGUUUGUGUGACCUUGCCGGAAUCCAAUCUCCUCGAUGAAGCCACAAAAUACAUGACAGACCUCAUGAAAGAACUCGGUGGCUGCGGCUUGAGACAGGUACCGGCUUGGUCUUUUGGUCCAUGA